AUGGACGAGGUGGUUGGAAUUGGCCUGCUGGUUGAACAAAGUCCACGCACUCAUGGAGCUCAAAGAUACACAUAUUUAAAUCCCAAUGAUGAAAGAAGGGCAUCCGGCUGCAAGAUUGGCCUGUCCAUCCUCAACAGCGACCUGGCCAGUUUAGGGGCCGAUUAUCUGCACCUGGAUGCAUUUUGUUCCCAACAUCACCUCCUGGUAGAAAGCCUCCAAAAUCAGCUAGCCCAGGACCCUUUCUUUGACAUGCACAUGAUGGUGUCCAGGCCGGAACAGUGGGUAAAACCAACGGCUGUAGCAGGAGCCAAUCAAUAUACUUUUCAUCUCGAGGCUACUGAGAACCCGGCGGCUUUGAUCAAAGACAUUCGGGAGAAUGGAAUGAAGGUUGGCCUUGCUAUCAAACCGGGAACUACAGUUGAGUAUUUGGCACCUUGGGCUCAUCAGAUAGAUAUGGCCUUGGUUAUGACAGUGGAAGCUGGGUUUGGAGGGCAGAAAUUCAUGGAAGAUAUGAUGCCAAAGGUUCACUGGUUGAGGACUCAGUUCCCGUCUUUGGACAUUGAGGUUGAUGGCGGAGUAGAUCCUGACACCAUCCAUAAAUGUGCAGAGGCAGGAGCUAACGUGAUUGUAUCUGGCAGUGUCAUUAUGAGUGAAGACCCCAGAUCUGUGAUCAACCUGUUAAGAAAUGUUUGCUUAGAAGCUGCUCAAAAACGUUCUCUCGAUCGAUGGAACCACAAGGAGUCCAGUGUUUCUGCUUAUGAGAUCUAG